AUGUCUCAAGAUUAUUACGGACGAAGCACCCGUUUUGCAAGCUCUUGGAGUGUUGUUAAUAAUGAUUUAUAUGAUGAUGAUGAUCAUCGCUUCGCUCCUUCUUACGCCACUGAUACAUGGAGCGUAUUAGGUUCUCAAGACAUUAACGAAGAUCGACUUCCAAGUUUGCCACCAAAUUUUGGUGCUCUUUCUGAACUUGAUUAUGGAUCAUCGACUUCCACAAUACGUCAACAAGAAAGGGAUUCUUCUUUACCUCCUGAACCUGAACCCGAAUUUUUUCCUUCUAUUGCUUCAACGAGAAAUUUUCUUGAAACUACUGAUAGAUUUGAACGUAGAAGACAAGAGGAUGUUGUUGGUAGACCCGAUGAAUUCGAAGCUGUAAUUGAACCCUGA